UACGACCAUAACUGAGCUGUCGGUUUCCGAUGUAACCACUUCAAUGUGCGCAAACAUUGCAGUUCAUUCUAGCAUAGUAUAAUACCAUGGCUAGCGACGUCCUAAGUGACGUUAUAACCGCUCCAUUAAACCAGGCCCAGAGUGACUUGGAAUGAACGUCAGGUAGGUCGUACUGAUGUUGCAACAAGGUUAAUUUUGUAGGAUUUGGCAUAGUCGCUCGCUAACGUGUGUUGGUGUAUAUGUGUGUGAUCUCUUGCUCUCUUUUGUGUUUGACGUAUCGUUAUUUGGACAUUUGAUCGAGACAGGGUAACAGAAAGGAAUGACAACCGCUGCCACCAAUUAUCUAAAUGUUACCGACAAGAGUUACGGGUCGUUUAUAUGAACAUUUCUAUAGACAGUACAGCACAUACCACGGAUAUCUGAGGCAACAGUCGAGGAGUACUGAUUGGGACCAGAAACACGUUUUUGCUGUGUCGUUAAAGGAAACAAGACACAUUAAUGGUGAAAAUGGGAAAAAGAAUUGUGAUCAUAAAUUCCUGUGAUGUCGUUAAACAAAAACAAAAAGGUUGUAACGGUGUUGCAGUGCCUUCAAUGCAAAUGGGAAACACAAAUCGUGACCGUGUGUUCGGUGUGUUAGAUUUUCUGAUUUCCAAUCUCGUGAUAGGUCCUUUUGUUGUGUUCUACUGGCGAGGGACGUGGGAACUGCUGGACAUGCAUCUCCUCCCGGAAUCUCCCAAACUGAGCAAUUGGGUUUCGUUAAUCAUCGGCGUCGUCAUAGGCGUGGCAUCAGGUCUCCUCCAGUCAGCGUUUUGUCGGGUUUCUCUCCGGUUUUCACCUGCAGUGUUUGUCAUAUUUUCUCGGGUAUACGGCUAUGUUCUUGCUUUUGGAGUCGUCAACCACUGGAGAGGUGUAUGGCUGCUCCUUAAUGCAUACACCGGAAAUAGCUGGCUCAGCCCUAUGUUGUGUUUUGUGAUCGGUUCCGGAUUACUAUUUGCCUUUCGUUCGUAUCGGAAUGUCCUAACGCCACCUGUCGUUGUUGGUCUCGACAUAUUUCCCGAAACGUAUUUCACAAUAUCGACAAGAUUCAAGCAAAAGGCGAUCGGUCACCAAUUCGUUCUCGAUCUCCUGUUCUCCGUUCUCGUGAUCGCCUCGCUCGUGGUCGUCGUCUGGCGCGGACUCUGGGAGCUGCUCAACAUCUACCUCUCCCCCGACGACGUCGUCAUCAGCGGCUGCUACUCCCUGGCCAUCGGCUACGUCCUCGUCUGUCUACUGGCGCUGGGGCAGCGGCCUUUGAAAGCCAUCUGCAGAAAGCUGGGAGACGCCACAACGAUCGGCAAAGUGGUCUUUGAAGAUUUCGUUUACCUUCUUUACGCCACCGUCGCCAUAACUCACUGGAGAGGGUUCUGGCUAAUCGCCGAUGAGCUUAUAUUCCCGACCAGUCAGAAUCUCAGUCUGUGGCUAACUCACUCGGCAGGAUUCGGAGGUCUUAUGUUGAUGUUCGUGUCCAAUUCCGCGAUGUCGAGAGGCUGUGUUUUCGACGGUGAUCUGAAAGAUGGGGCGGAAGUUACCAUGGACAUUUCGUACCUGACUUACAUGAUCAGCUGGUGCAAACAUAGCAAUUCAAAAGAGAUUCCGGGAAUGGAAGCUGUCGAAGAGAACUGUGAAUCAACCAAAGUUUAAUGAGCAGGACUCUAAACGUUUCGCCACACACAUGUAUCUGUAUCUGACACACAAACCAAAGACCAACUCCAGACCGCAUCUAAUGCUUGGCAUACACUAGUUGAGUAACACCGACGCGACACUGGAGUCAGCACUAGUCGCAGAAUGUGCGCUAGCGCACUCAAACUGAUUGAAUUGAACGUUUAUUUACAUUCAAAC